CUCCGGCAACCGACAUCACCACCGCACGCGAGGAAGAAUGAGCGCGAGCCGGUCGACGUCAACGGGACGCUUUGAGCUGCAUGUCCUGUCGGACUUGACCCACUUGGCGAUCUCACAGAAAGGAAACGAACAGUGUCUUCUCGUGAAUCGAAACGCGGCGAACACGACGUCCGGCGUCGUGCUCGAAGACGUGUCGGAACUCAACCACGCGCACGGGCGGAGCCUCAAGUUUGACGCGAUUUUUGGCAUCUACACACUGCUGAGGGGGAAAUAUCUGGCGCUUGUGACCGAGUCGCGGUCUGUGGGAAAGUUCAAGGUACGCGGUGCCGACGUGGACAUCCGACAAGUGACUGGGAUCGAAAUGGUGCUGUUACCGACGCAACAACUCCCCCAUCUCACGCCGACGCAAAUGGAGGACGAAGAACGGUACAUGGCCAUGAUCACGAACGACGUCGAAGCGCAACUGCUCUACUUUGCGUUCGACUACGACCUAACACACACGUUGCAACGCAUGACAACGUCGCUGUCCCCGACUGUGUCCAUCGCAGAGCGCGCCGACCCCCGCUUUUGCUGGAACUACCCUGCAUGCUCGUUCUUGUUGGAGAAGAAGCUCUUUGCAUGGGUCGUCCCCAUCAUGCAAGGCUAUGUUGAAGUGUGCAAGAAUGUAUCCAUCGGGGCGAACAAAACGUUCGACAUCCUUUACAUCUCCCGUCGGUCAUGUCGCCGUCAGGGUACUCGGUUCACCAUGCGUGGCAUCGACAGCGAAGGUAACGUCGCCAACUUUGUCGAGACGGAACAGGCGCUUUUGUUCCCUGACGGCCGCGAGACCUCGUUUGUCCAGAUUCGCGGGAGCAUACCAGUUGUGUGGAGCUCGCCUGUUACACUCAAGUACGCGCCCAAGGUGUACCAGCGCCAGGAGCUUGAAAAGGACACGGCGGCAUUUCAAUUGCACGCCGAGGAAUUGAUGAAGCUGUACGGCCGAGUUAUCCUCGUCAACUUGAUCGACAAAAAGACGGAGCAGCUCAAGCUCGGCGAAGCGUUUGAGAAAACGUUUGCGAAUGCGUCGGCGCUCAACACGCACAUCCUGGCCAACAUUCGCUACGUCUGGUUUGACUUUCAUCGGGAAUGCCGCCGCAUGCAAUACUCCAAGUUGGGCAAUUUAAUCUCUCAAGUCGACGACGACUUUCAAGAUUACGGGUAUUUUUCCAAGUCAGCCACGGGGCAAGUCACGAGCACGCAAUCGGGGGUUGUGCGCACAAACUGCAUGGACAAUCUCGACCGCACCAACGUCGUCCAGUCGCUGUUUGCGCGUCGAAGUUUGCUGCUUCAAGUCGGCGAGUCCGUGCAAGGGAACGUGCUGACAUCGCCGUUCGACUCGUUUGAAAAAACAUUCAAGAACGUGUGGGGCAACAACGCCGACGCGAUCAGCUUCUUGUAUGCAGGCACGGGCGCCCUCAAGACGGACUUUACACGCACCGGCAAACGCACGACGCGCGGCGCGCUCCAAGAUGGGUACAACUCGGUCUUGCGGUACAUCCUCAACAACUUUUACGACGGCCACCGCCAAGACGCGAUGGAUUUGCUCUUACUGCGCUACGUUCCAUCUCGGCACAAGGGAUCGCCGUUCGUCGCGGCGUCGUCGUUGCAAACGUAUUUGAUUGGGUUGGUCGGGACAACACUCGUCCUGUUCACGGGCCUCAUUGUGUGGGACGGGCUAGAGCUCACGCACUUGUUCAAUCGGCUCUUGCAUGCCACUGGCACGGUCGUCGCAGCGCUCGCGUUCACGUUUGGGUACUUUGUUCGCAGAGGGACCAAACUGGCGAUUGCAAACCGACCCGCGUUCCGCCCCGAAGACGGCUGCACAACAUCGUGGAAGUAGACGUCUUGCCUGGCGCUUCGUUCGCUUCGGCAAGAUGCACAGCUGCGCUCCAUCGCGCUACCUCAUGCGGUCACUGGUGCUCGUGUGUGCACGAUCGGACAAACUAACGUAAACACCUGCCAUAUUUGUGUCAAUUCGCGACGUCAUUUUGCGCAUGUCGAGCGAGACCACGGGGUUGCUAGCAUCCUUCGGCGCCAGUACUCCAAUUAACACGUCAUUCAAUUGUCGGCAUGUAUCGCCGUCGAACGGGAUGCUCUCACCGUCCAAGGACACCACAGGAGCCGUGCUUCGUCGUCGGCGCGCGACAAGUACAGGAAUCGUUCAAUGCCAAUAGCCCAGCCACGUCCACGUCAUAGAAGUAGGUUUUGCAAGAGCUGACGGAUCUUUGCAAUGGGGGUAGCUUCGCCAAAAUGCAACAAACUGCACGCUCCCAUCAAUGUUCCCAUGGGACGAACGCGUCCGACAUGGUCAUCCUUGCCAGCGCACUCGACUCUAUCAUACCUCGUCCGUGCAUCUCGACGAUUGAAUCAUGCAUCGAAGUGAGCUACCUCGACGGACUCUGCGCAUCGUGAUUGCCG